GGAACUUUUACAUAGGCUUACAGAGAAACUUUCGUGUGGGCUUAUGGAUGAACUUUCACGUGGGCUUACAGAAGAACUUUCAUGUGGGCUUACAAGGGGACUUUCGCAUAGGCUUAUGGGAGACUUACGUGUAGGUUUAUAG